AUGGCUACAGAUGUGCUCAAGACCGAGGAGGUCUCAGCGAAAGUUGAGGUUCCUCAGUCGGGCUCGAAUAGCACCCACAGCGAUGCAGAAGCUGAUCGAAGAGCGUUCCUGUCGACUUUUAGUCCGGAGGAGGAUAAAGCCAUCAGAAGAAAGGUCGACCAUCGAUUUCUGUUGUUGAUAGUGUUGAUGUACAUUAUCAAGAAUAUCGACUACACGAACGCCGCUGCCGUGAAGGUACUGCAGAUCGCAUACAUCGUAUUCGAAGUUCCCAGCAAUCUUUUACUCAAGAGAUUCUCACCCCGCAACUGGCAAUUCCGAAUCAUGCUCUCAUGGGGCAUCGUUCUCGCCUGCCACGCCGCCGUGAAAGACAAACACGGUCUCUACACAGCUCGCUUCUUCCUCGGCAUGAUGGAAGCCGGCAUGUUUCCCGGUCUUGCAGCACAGCUCUGCUCAUGGUAUCGAAGUGACGAGAUGGGCAAACCCAUCAUGUGGAUGUUCGGGUUGCAGAACUGCUCCGGCAUCGUAGGAUCCGUCCUCGCAUAUGGAAUCUCCUAUAUGUAUGGGCUUGGCGGCAUGAGUGCCUGGCAAUGGGUGUAUCUUCUUGAGGGGAUCAUGACGAUUCUGUUCUCGUUAGUGGUCUUUGCUGUGCUACCAGAUUAUCCGAAAAGUCCACGAAGCAACAAAUGGUUGACGCCUCGAGAGCAAGAAUACCUUGAAGUGCGACUUUCGGAGAAUGCACCAAAGACAGAGGAUGCCGCCUUCAGUCGCAAGGAGAUCAUCGCUUCUCUUCUCGACCCACGAACGUACUCAUUCAUGCUGUCUCAGAUUCUACUGAAUCUCGGAGGGUAUGGCCUCAGCUGGCAACUUCCCAGCGUGACAACGAGUCUUGGUUUCGCAGGUCUGCCAAGAAACCAGUUGUUGAAUAUUCCACCUGCUGCUGCUUCGGUUCUUGCAAUUAUCUUUGCAGGCUGGUUUCUGAAGAGGGCUUUUAUUACGAGACCGGCAUUCGUGAUGUGGAUUUGUGGUGGGGCAUUGGGCUUCUUCAUUACGCUCGCCGCAACAAGAAAUAAGUAUGCAGUGUACAUUGCCUGUGUAUUUGGAACGAUGUUUUAUUCGGUGUACUUCAUCCCUUUUUGGCCAUGGCGAUCAUCUACCCUGGCCGGGACAACAGGCACAGCAUUCACACUCGCUUUCCAAUCCUGCGUAGGACAAGUCGGUGGUGUAAUCGGUCCACAACUUUUCCAGUCCAAGUAUGCGCACAAUGGGUACAAAGUACCUUUUGCGAUAUGCGCUAGUGCGAUUGGUGCUGGUUGGCUCGCUAAUGUGUGGACUUGGUGGUUGACGAGAAAUGUUGAGUGGGAUGUAAGGAGGAUUCGGAGGCUUAGGAUUAAGUCUGAGCGGAAGGGUGAGGUUUUUGCUGAUGACGAUGUCAAGGUCUUUGAGGAGAGAAAGGUAUUUGGGCGGGGGUUUGUGAAGCGAGGCGGGGUGGUUGAGUAG